UUUAUAAAAAUGAUACCAUCAUGCUAAAAAUUAGCAAGAUCAAGCAGAGUAAUCUAUAAUUUUGCUGUAGCUAAUUAAACAAGAUAUGUAAUAAUUAAAUAAUAUGAUUAGAGUUCUUCUUAAUUACAAUAUUAUUAGAGUUUAAGAAUUCACAAAGAUAAAACUAUACCUUCAAUUUUAAAUAAUUUAUUGAUUAAUCACAUAUUAAAAUAUGAUUGGGUUGUAGAUUAAGGUCCAAAACUGUUUGAUUUACUUUAUGCUAUUUGUGGAACAAGAUUGUCUAAUUUUCUCAUUAAUCAGACGAUUGGAAAAGUAUUCACAGCAGGAGAAAACAUUGAAAGUGUAGAAAGAUAUCUGUCUUCAUCAAAUAAUAGUAAUAAUAUAUUAUAAUCUUUUAAGAAAUUUCCUAUAUUAUUGAUUACUGUUCAGAAGCAGUAGAGGGGAUAGAUGAUUGUGAAAAAUUUUAUGAUGAGAAUAGUUCUGUAUUUAGAUAAACAGUUUUAGAAUGUGCAAAGAAACCAGAAAAGAAGAAUAUGAUUGCAAUUAAAGUUUCUAGCUUAAUUGACAUGAACUUACUGAAGUAAAUCAAUAAAGCAAGGUUGAAUAUUUUUGAAUUAUUCUAUAAAAUUAGUUAGGGCAAAUAAACCAUUAAUAUUCAAUAAGUUCUUUAUAUUAAUUUUAUUUAGGUAUUCAACUAUCUUUAAGAGUAAGGAAUUAAUUUAAAUGAAAACGAAUAAAAAUAAUUUAUUAAAGAUGUUUUAAAAUUCAAUAAAAAUGAAAGUCAAAUUGAUGAAAUAACAUGGAGAUAUAGAGUUCAACCUAUUUUUAUGUUUGAAACUGAACUAAAUAAAAAUCCAGCAAUUAAAUAUUUUAAUAAUCUAAAUGAUAAACAACUAUUUUUAUUUGAAUAGUUUAUAGAAAGAAUUAAAUAUUUCAUGGAUCCGGCUUUAUAAAAUCAAAUUUGUGUUAUGGUAGAUGCUGAAUAAACUUAUUUAUAAUGGGCUAUAGAUAGUUUCUCUGAAUAAAUGGAAUCAUAUUAUAAUUAAAAUUAAACUCUAGUUUUUAAUACUUUCUAGAGUUAUCUAAGAUAAACUAAAAAUAGAGUGGAUUAUGAAAUAGCUAAAGCUGAAAUGUUCAAAUUGAAUAUUGGUAUUAAAAUGGUUAGAGGAGCUUAUAUGGUUGAAGAAACUAAGUUGGCUAAAGAAUAAAAUAAAGAAAAUCCAAUUAAUGAUGGAUAUGAAGCUACUACUGCAAUGAUUUAAAGAAACUUAGAAAAACUUAUUUUAAACAUUCGAAAAUCACCUACUAAAGUUUUUGUGGCUAGUCAUAAUGAAUAAACAGUAGAAUUUGUUAAAGAAGUAAUGAAUAGGCAUUCUAUUCCUAAUCAAGGAGGUAUUUAUUAUUAUUUAAACAUUAUUUUAGAUGUAUUAUUUGCUUAAUUGUAUGGAUUAUCUGAUCAUGUCACCUAUUAAUUAGCUAGUGAAGUAUAUAAAAUUAAUUACAUAAUUUAGGGAUAUAAAAUUUAUAAAUAUGUACCUUUUGGAAAAACUGAGAUUAUGAUUCCUUAUUUAAUGAGAAGAGCAUAAGAAACUAAAAAAGUACUACAAUCAAGUUCUUUGUAAACACUUUUGCUGAUUGAUGAAUUAAAAUACAGAUUUUAUUUGAAAUGA